AUGAAGCCUUACUCAAGGACUGAGUCCCCAGAUGAAUUUCCCCAGAGAAUGAAGUCUCCUGAUUCAGUGACGUUUGAUGAUGUGGCUAUGGAGUUCACCCCAGAGGAGUGGGCUUUACUGGACACAACUGAGAAAUACCUUUACAGAGAUGUGAUGCUGGAGAACUACAUGAAUCUGGCCUCUGUGGAAUGGGAAAUACAACCUCGAAUCAAAGGGUCAUCACUUCAGCAGGGUUUUUUGAAGAAUCCAAUAUUCAAUGGGAUACAAAUGACAAGGAGCUACAGUGGAUGGAAACUCUGUGAGAAUUGUGGAGAGGUCUUCAGUGAACAGUUUUGCCUUAAGACACACAUGAGAGCUCAGAAUGGAGGGAACACUUCUGAGGGUAAUUGUUACGGAAAAGACGUCCUCAGUGUGCACAAGGAAGCCUCUAUUGGACAGGAACUUUCCAAAUUUAAUCCAUGUGGAAAAGUCUUCACCUUAACUCCAGGCCUUGCUGUACAUCUUGGAAUUCUCAAUGGAAGACAACCAUACAAAUGUAAGGAAUGUAAAAAAGGCUUUAAGUAUUUUGUGAGCCUUGAUAAUCACACGGGAAUCCACAUUGGAGAGAACUGUGAAUUUCAGGAAUGUGGGAGAGCCAUCACACCUUCCUCAUACCUAAAGCAGUGUGUAACAGUUCAUACUGGAAAGAAAUCUAAAAAGACUAAGAAUUGUGGGAAAUCCUCUACUAAUUUUUCUCAACUUUCUGCACAUGUGAAAACUCAUAAAGGAGAGAAGUUCUUUGAAUGUAAAGAAUGUGGAAGACCCUUUAGAAAUUCCUCAUCCGUUAAUGUUCAUGUUCAGAUUCACACUGGAAUAAAACCACACAUAUGUACAGAAUGUGGGAAAGCCUUCACUAGAUCAACUCACCUUACUCAACAUGUAAGAACUCACACUGGAAUAAAACCCUAUGAAUGUAAGGAAUGUGGCCAAGCCUUCACUCAAUACACAGGCCUUGCUAUACACAUACGAAAUCACACUGGAGAGAAACCCUAUCAGUGUAAGGAAUGUGGGAAAGCCUUCAAUAGAUCUUCAACGCUUACUCAACAUAGAAGAAUUCACACAGGAGAGAAGCCUUAUGAAUGUGUUGAAUGUGGGAAGACCUUCAUUACUUCUGAUCAUAGUAAACAUUUGAAAACUCACAGUGGAAAAAGGCCCUUUGUAUGCAAGAUAUGUGGUAAAGCAUUUAUGUAUUCCUCACCCCUUAGUGUUCACCUGCGAACUCAUACCGGAGAGAAACCCUUCAUAUGUAAAGAAUGUGGGAAAGCAUUUGCUGUUUCCUCACACCUAAGUAGACUUAAUGAAAGAAUUCACACUGGGGAGAAACCCUAUGAAAGUAAGGGUAUGAGUGUUACCAUUUAG